AUGCAUAUUCAGGACACAACUAUCGUUAAACCCCCUACAUUAAACCAACAAGAUAUCAAACUUGACCCGACAGCUCACACAAAAAUCACAAUCACUACCGACCCCUCCCCCUCGGACAGUGGUAUAACAACCCCGCAACAGACCAAACCGCGCCCGCUUUACUUCGCCUAUGGAUCCAAUCUCUCCUUCACACAGAUGCGUCUCCGCUGCACAUGCGACCCUGAUCUCUCAUCUAAGCCGGUCGCCAUCGCUCGCCUAGAUCAUUGGCGCUGGUUGAUCUGCCAGGCUGGCUAUGCGAAUGUGGUACCGCCCGCUGAGUUACGUGUUGGCCGGGAAGCAGAUGAGGGCGAAGAUGUACCUGUUUCUGGGGACGAGGAUACGGUUUAUGGGAUAUUGUAUGAGAUGGAUAUCGAGGAUGAGAGGUUGCUUGAUGGCUACGAGGGUAUUGACCGGUCGGCGCUGCCAUCGCGGGCUACGCACAAGGUUCCUGCGCAUAUCCGACCGACGGAGCAAGGCCAUGGGGACUAUAAUAAGUGGUAUGUCCCUGCUACGGUGACGGUGUGGUUGGAUGAGGAACAGAGGAAACGGAGGGAAGGCGGGGUUAUCGAGACCUUAGUCUAUGUGGAUGAGGAGAGGGUGAGGGUAGGCCCCCCGAGAGACGAGUAUAUUCCGCGGAUGAACCGUGCGAUCCGCGAGGCGGAGUCUUUGGGCUUCCCUAAGAAGUGGGCUGAUAAGGUGAUGAGAAAGUCAAUCCCUUUGAACUAG